CGUAGACACAUGUUACAUUUUGUACCUACUAAAAAUCAAAGGUGAAGUUCUUGCACUUGCUUCUAACUCUUAGGUAUAGUGUGACCUUUCCUAUUUAGGUUCGUCUCUCUCGUUGAUUACGAAAGUGUUGACGUCUCAAAUUUUUGAAUAAGAGUUUCACAUGAUGCAGAAAUGAUUUCUCGAUGAUUCAUAUUUUUACGUCGCAACAAGAACAAGUUACUACUCUCUUUUUCAGUCCCGUCCUCUGAUAAAUAAUUACAAAUGAUGUUAGUAUAACGAACGGAGUUAAUUGUCUUCUGACAGGCAGGCAGUCUGUCUCCACGUGGAGUCGACGGGUGGAGCAACAUUUCAUGAAUCAACGAUAGAAGUGCAUCAGUCGCCAAAUCCAAAUUGUAUGUAUCUAGCGCACUCGACACCGAGAGAAGAACAAGCAAGAGAAGUCAUCUCCUAUCUAGUACAUCUUCCUCGAGAAGAACAAUAUCAGCGAGAAACCGCGUCUACUGGAAGUUGUGGGAACGCAUCAAUACCGAUCACGUAGAGCAUGAUCAGCUUCAGCAUCAGUCGGCCGGGUCGUUAGUCUCAUCGUACUCACUGAAAGAAGACACAUCAACAUAACUGGCACGGGAAGGAUUCCGGCGUUAGAAAUGCCGCAUAUGUUGGAGAUGGCAGCGGCGCGGCCGCCGGUCCCGGGAAAGACGCGGGUUUCGCCUUCACCACCGCAUCAUGCGCCAACGAUGCUCCAAGCACCGCGGGCUGGCAAACUUUCAACAAACACGGCCCUGGUCAGGGAAGCAAACGGCAAAUUAAUGCGCAUUGGUAUAUUCUCCACCUGAUUGGCCUGAAUAUCGACAGCGUUCGCUGGCUUCGAUUAUCACUCGCCGCAAGCAAAUGAAUAAUGUUGGUGAAUACUUAUGUAGCACUAGCAGGCUGAGGGCAAUGAUACUUAUAUUGAUUUGAUAAAAGUACAACUACAACAACUAGUACUAGAUGAUUACGAGGAUGAGGAAUAGCAAUAGAAAUAGAAUCUUGUUCACAAUCGAGGACGUGAGGAUCUGUCUCGGCUAGAGCUAGUAUUGUCAUGAGGAAUUAUAACAAUACCAAUAGAUGCUUGUCGUUGUGGUUAUCUUCAUCUCCAAACUAGGAAUGCAUGGACUUCGAGUUCCAAUUUGAUGGAUGUUGUAAAUUGCACAAUUCUUAUAAGUUGAUAGAUAAAAAACAUAACAAAAAAAAAAUCUAUAUUAUUAAUCUAUAUUACUAAUCUAUAUUAUUAAUCUAUAUUAUUAACCUAUAUUAUUAAUCUAUAUUAUUAAUCUAUAUUAUUAAUCUAUAUGAUUAAUCUAUAUGAUUAAUCUAUAUGAUUAAUCUCCGCCGCCAUAAAAUUCCCCGCCUAACCCACCGGAGAUUAGUCGCCUCCUGCCGCGAAGCUAUUGCCCAUAGCCUCCCGCCCUUUCCCCUCACUCCUAAGCCCGAUAGCCUCCGGCCGUUUUCUUGUUGGAGUUCACGUUGUCGCCCCAUGGCAGACUACCAGAAAAGAAGCCAGAAAAAUGCCCGACGGGGGUAGGGGCGCAAGCUGGCGAGAGAAGUCCAAAGAGAAACAGCCGAAGAAAGACCUUCGACCAAAGACACCUGGACCCCAGACCUAUGGACCAAUGGCGAUCUUUGGACCGAAGGCGACCUUCAGACUGAAGGCGAUCCUUGGUCCGAUCUUUGAACCAAAGGCGAUCGUUGGACCUACCAGAGACGAUCUUGGGACCAAAGGCGAUCUUGGGACCAAAGACGAUCGCUGGACCAGCGGCGAUCUCUGGACCAAAGCAAGGCGACCUUUGGACCAGAGACGACCCCUGGACCCAAGACGACCUUGGCUAUUGCUGGACCCAAGACGACCCCCGGACCGAGGGCGACCUUUGGAGUUGGACCACCGGCGACCUUUGGACCACAGGCGACCUUAACCCUUGGACCACAUCCACCGGCGACCUUUGGACCACAGGCGACCUUUGGACCACACCAGACGACACGACCGCUGGACCAAAGUCAGGCGACCUCUGGACCAAAGUGCGACGACCUUUGGACCAAAGUAAGGCGACCUUUGGACCAAAGUCAGGCGACCUCUGGACCAAAGUUAGGCGACCUCUGGACCAAAGUAAGGCGACCUCUGGACCAAAGUGAGGCGACCUUUGGACCAAAAUAAGGCGACCUUUGGAGUUUGGACCAAAGUAAGACGAUCUUUGGACCGAAGACGAUCUUUGGACCGAAGACGAUCCUUGGACCAAAGACGAUCUUUGGACCAGAGACGACCUGUGGACCAAAGACGAUCUUUGGACCAGAGGCGUUUUCUGGACCAGACGCGACCUGUGGACCAAGGGCGACCUUUGGACCAACGGCGACCUUUGGACCACCGGCGACCUUUGGACCACGGCAGACCUCUGGACCAAAGCCGACCUUUGGACCAAAGACGACCCUCAGACCAGAGGCAACCUCUGGACCACGGACGACCUGCAGACCACAGGCGACCUUUUAAGGCGACCUCUGGACCAAAGUAAGCCGACCGCUGGACCAAAGUAAGGCGACCGCUGGACCAAAGUAAGGCGACCUUUGGACCAAAGUAAGGCGACCUUUGGACCAAAGUAAGGCGACCUUUGGACCAAAGUGCGGCGACCUUUGGACCAAAGGCGACCCUUGGACCAAAGGCGACCGUUGGACCACAGGCGACCUUUGGACGACCAGAGGCGACCGCUGGACCAAAGACCUCCGACAAGACAAGAGACCCGCGACGGCAGACAUCUGACGAACGACCUCUGCCAGAAAAACUGCCGCCCGACCUGUGGCGAGAAGCCCUACCUCGACGAGGAUAGCGAAGACCUUUGACGAAGGACGUCAGUCCGACGAACGCGGUCAGUCUGGCGAAAAACGUCAGUCCGACGAACACGAAGGGGCAGAAUCAACCUCACGAAGGAAAGACAUCCGCAGCCCGAAGAAAGGUCCCGCGCAGCCUGUUCCGCUUCCGACGCAAGGCAGACGCCUGGCGAAGCAGUGCGCCGGUCUGGCGAGAGGCGUCACCUGGCUGGUCAGUGCAUCAGCCUGACGAACCAACGGCGCCAUGCUGAAGCAAGCCAUCAACCUGACCAAAGGCGUGAGUCUUGGCCCGGCGAGGAAUGUCGGCCAGGCGAAGCGCUUCAGUCUCACGAAAGGCGUCAGCCUGACGAGAGACGUCGCCCGACCUUGACGAAGAGCCUCAGCCUGGCCCACGGCGUCCGCUGAAGGGCGCCGGCUGGCCUGUCGUCUGACGAAGGCCGCCAGCCUGGCGCAGCGCGUGGGUCUGACGAACGGCAUCAGUCUGAUGGAAGGCCGCAGUCUCCAUCCUGGCGAAAGACGUCAGCCAGUCAAGAGGCAUCAGCCACAACCCGAAGCGCGACGCCCCACGCCCCCGCGAAGUGCGCCCGUCUGUUUCUGACGAGAGACAUCUGACGAAACAAAGUAAGAAGCCCCGCCAGGUGUAAGCGCGUAGAGAGACCCGAGCAGCGCGGCCCUGCGUUGCUUAUGCUUUGUCAUCUGGAUGGCUUGAAGCCGGGGGCAGGUCUAUCCUGCCUCUGUUUUUCGGCUAUUUGCAGGGCUAUUUUGCAUGGGGAGGGAUUUUGGGGGGUCGUUUGUUCGCCGUGUCGGCGCAGAGUCUCUGCUUUAUUCCUGCGAGGUUACCGGCGCCCUCUAGUUUGUUGGUGGGUUUGUCUUUUGGGGCGCGCCUCGAGGAGCCCGCCCCCGUCUGCCCUCAGUCUUGGCGGCGUGUGUGGGGACGUAUUCGUGGGGCUUUGCUGCUUAGGGAAAGGGUAGGCUGUGGCUGCUUGUUGAGGCUUCGGGCGGGGCGUUCAGUCUCUCGUCGUUCGUCGGAUGGUUCUAUUUGGGUUGGGGGUUGUGGUCUAUUUGGGAAUGGGGGGCUGCUUUUUCGGGGUCUAUUUUGGUUCUAUUUGGGAGAUUUUUUGUUUUUUUUUUUUCGGUUUUCCAGUCCCGUUUUGGACUUGGAAAAAAGUCUAUUUAAAAGUCUAUUUAAAAGUCUAUUUAAAAGUCUAUUUAAAAGUCUAUUUGGGGUCUAUUUGGUUUCUUAAGCUAUAUUAAACAAAAUCGACCGAAUUGUAAAAUUCGGCCAGGCCGAAUUGUAAAAUUCGGCCGUGGUCGCUGACCAAAUAGACUACCAAAUAGCGACUUAAAAAUAAGAAAUUUCGAAAGUUUUUCGAAAUGAAAUAGACCAUUUGCAGGUCUCGAGGAUGGUGGUCGGGCGGUCGCUCGUCUGACGGUUUGAUCUGGCAAAUAGCCGGACGUCUCACACCUGGGCAUCCGGUGGCGCAGUUGUGUUGGGUCUCGGCUUUUGUGAGGUUCGGCGCUCAGCGUGGGUGGCUUGCUGAGCAGUCUCGGCUCGAGGACCUCCAAACGCUCUCGCGGGUCUCGCGGGCGUUGUGAUGGUUGUUCCAGGCAUGCCUGUCGCCCCUUCGGGUCUAUUCGUAAAGGGUUGUGGCAUGAGAGCCCCUCGCGUGUUCAUCAGGGGGCGACGGUGGUUGCCGUGUGUCUGCCCUCAGUGUUGUCUCUGGUUAGAGCAGGUGGAGCGAAGCGCCCACCAAAUAGCCCCGCUAUUAGCCGAAAAAUAGUUGGCAAAUAGUCAGCUCGGGCGCUUCGGUGGAUCCGGAUGAGCUUUGUCUUGUUUGGCCUGCUAAAGCCGCCGCCCGUUCUUGCCUGGCGCCACCGCGAGGCGUUUGCGUGCGUUGGGGCUUGCGGAUUCUUGUGCGUGUCUGGUGGCCCUCUUCUGGUUUUUUCGUUGGACUGCCGUGGGGGUCUUGCAAAUUCUUAAGAAUUUGCAUGACCUCCCCGGCAAUCUCAUAAAAAACCCGAAGGCAGCGCAAUGCCCUGCACAUGAGUCGACGCAUCGAUCUGAGUCGGCCACCGUCGGCGCUCGGCUCUUGUCGUAGUUAAUUCGUAGGGCGCAACAGCUCACCCGCGGGCUGUCUCUACUCUAGCGGCUGUAGCCCGUGGGAGGCUGCAGAAAAGUGCUUAACUAACUUGAAGCUGGGCGAAGCUUGUGGAGGCUAGUACAUAUACACCGCAAACCAUUCCUCACCGCACGAAUUUGAUACAGUCCUGCAUUGCACAAUGCACAACUUCCAGGAAAAGAUCUUGCUGGCUUGGAAGUUGCGGGGGUCGUGAAUGAGCAUGGGCACAUUCAGACAGCUAUAGCUCUUCUCCUGGGUUGCGGCGAAGGCGUGAUCGCCCCGUGGCCUCCUGCAGGUUACGCAUAUCAACCCAUGAUUUCUGUUAUGGGCCGACAUUUCUACACUUUUACUUUGAACAUCGUACUUAACUUAAAAAUGAUCAAAGACACGCGUGAGGCGUAUUAAUCAAAAGAUCUUUGGACCAUCGAAAAUCCGACUUUUUUUUACGAAACGACAUUUGUUUUCUUAAAGUGGAAUAGAGCUCGGACUGUCUGAUGCCGCUCUUGCAGACGGUAUGAAAAUAAACUUCAGUUCUUUUCUUCGUUUUUGAUUGGUUGCAGAGACAAAGUUGAGUCGUCCUUGGUAACCGCAUGUAACAGCAUACUAAGCAUCCGUCUUCUAUAUACUCAGCUAAUGUCUUGGAGGAAAGAGUAUAUCUGGAGAUCGUGAGGGUUUUGGCAAACGAGCAAGAAACGCAAUAUCGCGGAUUUCUGUCAGAAGGCGACUUCGUUCCUAUUCUCUCCGAUUUAUCCGAGCACGCCUCUCUCCUCUAUCCUGAUAUAAGCAAGUGGGUCAAAAAUCACCACUUAUCUUCUUAUCUGCUGGAGUACUUAAUAUACUUUCACACUCUGAUUAGCUUAGAACUACUCGACGCCAUUUUUCUCGUCUAAUCACAUAUUUUUUCAUAGCGUCACUGCUUUCCCAUACUAGCUGUACACUUCAUUCUGCAGCUAUUGUUUCAAGAUGAACAAGAACAUAGCACAAAAGCAGGACGUCGACAGAAUCGUGCAGAUUUGAUGACUCCUUCGCCAGUAGCUUGAGCUUCAUUACUGAGAUUUUUUGCAUAACGACCCGACAACUUCGAGCGCAGUCCAGUGCGACAGACCCAAUUUACCACACCAUCUUCCUCAGGAAGUUCCCAGUGCAUUUUUUAUGCUACCUUACACCAUGGAAUGACGGCAUUGAGAAAGCGAGUAGUACAGCCGCAAGAGUUUUUAUGGCGAGCGGGGACUCUAAAACAGCUUGCUACCCACCGAAAACGAUUCACAUUCCAGACGCCGCAUCAAGGACUGGUCUGCGUGAGGGCUCGCCCUAUAUCUCCUUACUCAACCACGUUGUACAUAUUGGUACGCUACUUUCUAAACUUCUUUAUUUGAUGCGGUCGCAUAUCAUUUUUUUUUGUGACUACGAACGAGAAAGAGCAUCCUUGGCGCAUGAUCUAUUCCACCUCUUUGUAAUUGCGUGAUAUGUUUACUCCUAGCCCACGAUGUAGCCAUGUUAGCGAAGGUGUUGCGAGUGUUGUUUGCCAUUUCCCAAAUAUUACAACUUUUAUCAGCAAUUGCGAAAGUGCCUAUGAAUGGACUAACUGCAAAGCGAGACAAUACAAAAGUUGGAAAAGGCGGAGGCUUUCCGCCUGAAUUGCCGCCGUCCGAGAUCCGAGUGCUGCCUCACUAGAAACCCCCUCACUCCCCUCUCGCAGACUCUUUCACUCGCUCAGCCGAGCACACCAGCCGCAAGGCCUGAAUAGUUGUGGUUACAUAGAGAGCCACAGCUUUUGGGCUUUUUGUCAGUUCUUCCAAUGUUUUUUUCUUACCUCUCUGCACCUGCUCCCCCAAUCGCCGACCCACUCCUCCGCUGCUUUUCUCGUGUCUUUCUUGUCUGUGUAUCAGUGACACCGAUCAACUGACUACAGAGAGAAAGAAGGAGCACUCGUCGCCGAUUGCUGCAUCGUCUCCGCACGGUUCGGGAACGCAUCAACACCCUCGCAAGAAUUCCGGCCCAGCAAAUGCAUCCCCGAAAGCUUCCGGGGGUUACCAUAAAAGCAAGCCAGUAACACCUUGAAGACUCUGCGCAUCUUGAUUCUUAGGCCUCCACUUUGGCGCAUAUUUCUCCCACGUUUCAGCCUUGAAAAAGUCAGCCCUUCGCCCUUUUUUCGCGCAGGUCUCUCUCUCAGGUUUUUGCUUUUUCUGUCUUUUUUUCUAUGAUUUUCGUCCCAGCUUUUCUCUCUUUUCCCCACGCAGGCUUCUCAUCUCUCAGGCUUUUGCUUUUUCUUUCUUUUUCUUCGAUGCUCUUUCCUGUGGGCUUUUUACUUUUUUUCCAAGCAGGCCUCGCUCUCGCUCAGGUUUUUGCUUUUUCUAUCUGUUCGCCCCUGUUCUUGUCUGGCUUAUUACUUAGGAAGACAAGAACAGAAGAAGCAGAAGAAGCAGCAGCAACUGCCAGCACACCCUGCCGAACGAAAAGAAAUAACGAGAAGGAGCAAAAGAGCAGAAGUUUGGCGGCAGUGCACUACUCUAGCUAUAUACUUACGCAGGGCAAAGCGAGCAGACAGAAAAAGCAAAAACUUGGGGAGGGGCCUGCUUGAGGGAAAAGGGAAAAGCUGACAGAAAAGAUCACCGAAGCGCAUAGAUAUAGAAAAAGCAAAAACUUGAGAGAGCGGCCCGCAUGGGGAACGAAACGGAAAGGGUGAAAAGCCCACAGAAAAGAGCAUCGAAGAAAACGAAAGAAAAAGCAAAAACCUGGGAGAGGCACCUGCGCGGGAAAAAGGCGAAAAGCUGACAAAAAAGAGCACAGGAAAAAGAGACAGAAAAACAAAAGCAAAAACUUGAGAGAGCGGCCGGCGCUGUGUGAAAAAAGGGCGAAGAGCUGACUCUUUCAACGCUGAAACGCGGGAGAAAUAUGCGCCAAGGCUAAGGCCUCAAAGCCAAGGCGUGCACUGCGAAGGGCUUUCGAAGAACUUGACGCCCAUGCUUGCAGAACCUCAGGCGGCGCCUUGUCUCUAGGGGUCCGCGUCUGUUCUUUAUUCUAUUCGUUGGCGUCUCGCCCCUGGGGUGGUUUCUUUGUGUCUCUGACUGUGUCGCUUGCUCUGCUCUGUUGUUUCCCCAGCUCAUGGCCGCCGGCCUCUCGGUUCUUCAGGCUAUGCCAAUAAGGUGCGCGCGCGCCUUGGUGGGCUUGUGUGUGGGUCGUCUUCGUGUUUGUGAUCUGGUUCGCACUCGCAGGGCCCCGUCGCUACUGGUUCUCCCAGCUGGCGACCGUGGCUGGGUGCGCUUGUGUGAGUGUGUGGUCUGUUAUCGGCAGGCGGCGCCUUGGGUUCGUGGGCUUCUCUGUUCGCCCGCUGGUGCUUAGGUGGCUGCUGCUCUCUGUCUCAUCGGCAUCGGUCGGCGUUGGCUGUGCUGCUAUCGUUUGCUUGGUUGUGCCUUUGGCCGUAGGUUGCGCCGUUGGGUUGUUUAUGGGUAUGGACGCUCUUCGGGCGCAUGCGUGUGGCUGGGUAGCUCAAGACAGACACUGACAUGGGAGGCAGCGUAAUCACUGGGCGCGGUGGUUCUCGCGUCGGUCUCCGCCUCAUUUGGCGCUGGCAGCUCCUUACCCAAGCAGGCUCAGCGAGCGUGUUGCAAUCGGACUGAUUUCACUACUCGCGGGCGCUGGGCUGGAUGCUGUGGGCCUCCCGCUCACUGGGGUGACUGAUCGAGGGAAAGGCGUGACUGAGGUGCUUCUUUGGCACACUGCCUAGCCAGCGAUGGCAGGCCUGUCGCCGAGCGGUCAACGAGUACGAGAGAGGGGCAGGCGGGUGCCGUGCUGUCUGUAGUUCUAUCAAUCUGCCUGGAAGUGCGUGGCUGUGUGUGUACCUGUCUAACUUGCUAGGCAGCUACCUUUCCCCUAUCCAAGUCGAGCGGAGGCGGUCGCGGCGUUCUUUCUUUCGUUCGGUCUCAUCAGGCGGACGCGGCUCCGGCCAGGAAGGGGGUUGCAAUUAGGCGAAAAAAGUCGGCCUUUUAGAAUCGCGGGCAGCUUGUCUUGGGUCAUUGCGUCCUUGCUUAGCUUCGGGGAGCUUUGCUGCUUUUCUCGUGUCGUUUCAUUCGUUGGGGGAUGCGCUUGCGAGUGACUGACUUGGCGAAGCUAAUCCCGUGUGGCUCUUUUAUUGUGUUUUCCUUUGCAGGGAGUUCCUGGCCGCGCACGGCUUUCAGAUCAAAAGAGACGACCGAAAAAGUCGCCGGGUUUUUUCGGUCGUUUUUUUCGAUUGGGCUCGCUCGGCUUGGCGGUGCAGGUCUUAGGGGUCUCUAUUUAGAGGGGGGGCGCGUUGCCGAUGGCGGUCAGGGUGGCGGAGGGCCCUCUGCCUUGGGGUGUGGUGCUUCUGGUCUUCUGGGUGCUUUCGUGCUGCUUUUCAAUGUUUGAUGCCAAAUCUCAACUCUGUAACGAAAUUGCGCCGAUUUGGUACUCGGGUAACUUCAGUGAUGUGCAGCAAUUAUUACGUGGCGGCACAAUUGGGCUUAGGUUAAUGGGGAGACUGCCGCCGGGUAAUAGUUAUUGCGUGGCUUCAUGCCAUUAGGCUUGUGGUCGACGUGGUUAUAUAAAGUCUCCGCACUUGGCCUCGCUUUCCUCGCUUUUUUUUUAGAGCUUGCCUGGGUCCCCGGUGUUCGAAGUCAUUGCUCUAGAAUUAUGCCGAUUUGCCCCAAAUGAAUCGGGCCAAUCGACAUAAUUCCAAAAGGCUUCCGCAGUCUUCGUCUUGGCGCUUGUUUUAUAACGAUGUCGAUUCUCUCCCUUCUUCAAAUUCGAACGACAUUAGGAAGCUUGGCGCCAUUUAUUCACUGGGAGGGCUGGGCUUGGUUGCUUGUGCUCGUCUUCUAUGGCUUGGCCAUAACCGCCUUGCCUUGAUCAUCCAAGUGGAGGAGCUGAGCUGGGGGCAUUUGGUGGAGCGUUUUCGCUGUGGGGUGGCCCGCACACUGGGCCAAGACAGCGCGGCGCGACGAUUGUCGCAGCAGCUGGCGUGGGGCUGCCUGACUUCGAAUUCGAAGGAGCGGGGAGUCGGGUAGGAGGGGCGCGCGGGUUGUGGGGGGGGGGGUAGGGUUUGGGCUGGCUACCUCUCUAAAAUAACGGAAGAAAACGCGUCUAAAAUUUUUUUGGUUUUUUUCCUGGUUCAGAAAUAACAGCUCGAACAAAGCGCCCAAAAAAACGGCCAAAAACGGCGAGGCUUUAGGGCUUUUCUCGUGUGGUUUCACCUAAAGGCCGCUCGUUUUCGUUUCGAGGCCGCCGACUUUUUUCGCCGUGCCUAAAAUUGGUGGCUUUUUAGCCGUCAAGGUCAACCUUAGCGUGAUUCUCAGAUAGUCGCCAACCUUAGACAGGAGCAGGAUUUUUAGCCCUCAUUUUUAGGCUGGUUUCUUGCCGGCUCUUGCGGGGUCUUGGAAGCCUUCGGGCCGUGCAGCCGCGUCGCAGGCUUGAUCGCAUUCAGGAGCAGAGCGUCCAUUCGUACUCCGUGGGCAGGCCUCGAAGUGCGGCUGGGUGCUCCAAGCUCCGGCGGGUUGGUCGGGUGUGGCGCAUGUGGACGCUAAGGCCCCACAUCGAGCAACACUUGCUUGGAGUUGGGCUGCAAUGUCCACGCCAGUGAGGCCGCGCGGGCCGGGCCGCGUGGUUCUGGAGUGGACGUUAGGGCUGCAGGCUGAGGAUUGGUUACUCGAAGUGUGGCCUUAGCGUCCACUCCGGGCCCGGCGCAGCCUCGCGGGCUGGCAUGCUGGUGUCGGCUCUUAGCGUCUGGCGCUUCUCCGAGGCGUGUCCUCGAAGUAUGGCUGUUUGCCUGAGGUCGUCCCCGGUGCGUGCAUGCGCUUCGAUCUAGACUCACUUACGGGAGCCUGCUCUUGUAGGUUGCUGGCGGCUGCGGCUUGGUGUGGUCUUUCGCGGGUCUACUUUUGCGUGGGUUCGGCUGCUCGAUCCCUUGCAUCCAGAUGAGCCGGCGCAUGCGUGUGGCGGUGUGUUGGGGUCGGGGAUUUCUCAAAACCCGAAAACUUUAACGAAAUCGCGACCGGGCUUGUUGGUUGGGUGUGUGUCUGCCUGAGAGCGAGCAGCGCGCCGGCCUAUGUGUGUAGUCUAGCGCUGUUCUGUAUUCUCUUGCAUCCAUUUGCGUGCAUCGAAGUCGCCGGGCUGGCCGCCGCGUGGCGGCGGCCGUCUUUCCAUGCUUGAAGUUGAACACCGCCGGCAGUUUCUUGUCUUUUCUGUCUCUUUAGAAGAGGGAAAACCUUGGCAAAAAGUUCGCGAAAUCUUUGCAAGUAAAACCGUCGCGGAAUCUUUUCGAAAAGGGAAAGAGCGCAUGAAGUUCCAACAUGGUCAAGACUUGGAAACUUUCCGCAAACAUUUCGCGAAGGUUUGGGGGCUUCUGCUUUCUAAGUUUUUUGAUGAGGACACGAAAAUGGGCCGCGGCCGGGGACAAACUCGCGACAAUUUGCAGCGGGAGCGCAUAGGGCUCCGCGUCUUCUGUCUCUGCUUUUUGUGGUCUUUCUGUUUCUCUCUCUAAAGCUGUGGAGUCUUUUGGGUGAUGCAUUUGCUUGGGAAGUUGUCGGGUGGUUGCGUCGAAAGCUGGCUCGUUGGCUUGUGGUGCUCUCAGUGUGUGCGGUGGCUGGGCUGGUCGUGUGUUGGUUCUGUCGGCUCUGCUUUCAGAGGCUUAGCAGAAGCCUCGUGAAGUGGACAGUUGUGAAGCAAGGCGGCGCGCGUCCGUGGGCCCCGGCAGCUUUUCGCUCAGAUUCCUCGCCGUCGACAAUCUUCGAGCGCGGCGGUCUCCAAGGUUAGGGACGCGCAUGGCGUGAAAAUCUAAAGAGCUUAAACUUAAAGGCCAUCGAACAAGUAGCGCAGUCGCCUUAGUUUGUUAGCGCAAUCAAACCAUAACCAACUAGCAGAAGUGUAGCCCUCUCUCUGACAUUCUAAAAAAAGAAGCAUGCCCUGUGUCAUCAUCGCAGAACCUGGCACCAGGUCAGGGAACAACUCCCAAAACCCAACGGACAAAGAGCCCAAAAGAAACGCCGCGGCCUUCUAUCUAACCGCACUCGCAGCGAACUACUCAGACGGACCCUCUUGCGGUGCGUGGUCUUUCUCGUCUCUCUCUCGCUCUCGCAAAGCCCUUCGCGCCUUUGUUCUGCGCCCUCCCUACCUUUGCCUCCACGUGUCCGCCGCGAGGCGAGCGUUUGAGCUGACGUCUCCGGGCUUCCGCUGCAGAUCUUCUGUCUUUUUUAUCGUCUCGCUUUGCAGUUAGUCCAUUCUUUCAUACUUGUGCCGCUCCGUCAGGCGACAAAUGGAGCUAUGGACUUCGUGGAUAUUCAGGCAGCUGCGUGCCUUCUCGAGCACAAUGGGGAAACUCAACCUUGUAGUAACGUCGACGUCUUCCGCGCUCAUGCUGGAGGAGUUUUGUCUUUGACUAAGGAGGCUUUGCGAACCCUCAAUGCUUUUCCUGGUCGUAUGAAAUGGCACAGUGGAUACCUGGAAAUGGCGCAGAAUGUGGCACGUGAGGAAAUGUCUCUGAAUUUGCCUGGUGCUUUUCAUUUUCUUGGUUUUUCUGACACGGGUCGCAAAGACGGUGACUACAUCCAGAAAAAGACAACAGAGGCCUGGCUGGCAAACAGAGGAGUCGUGUGCAACACCCGGCCAGUGGGCGAAUGGUUUAAUAUAGUACCUUUACCAGACUGAGACUUUUCUAACUUGUGCUGAGCUGGGCUUCGGUUAUUCGUCUGUUUUUUUCUCUAUUGCAAUUCGAAUUCCUUUAUUAACGCUAAGCCUUCACACCAUCCACCAGGAACAACCCAAAAUGGUACGCCGGCGACUUCCUCUUAGAAGGUGAGAUUUAUGAAAGAACGAAACUGAUUUGGUCGGGCCGUGUAGAGACUAUACGGAAUUCUUGUGCGAAAUAUUAGGAAGAGCGCACGGAUGUCGUGGAGAAACAGUAGAAAUAGCAAUAGAUAUAUUUUUAUUUAUUAUUACUUCGCCUAAGAUGAUUCUGGCCUUCUAGUUGUAUGCUUCCCGUAUUUGGUAACCUGAAUUUGAUCAUAAAUAAGGGAAAACAAGAAGAGAACCCUUGUGAUCAAAUUCAGGGUACCAAAUACCGGAGCCAUGAUUCACUAGUUUGAGUCAGUUCUGUCUAAGAGAUGGAGGCACUGAGUACCUCCAUUGUAGGGCUCGCGUUUGAGUUGCGGGACAGGUUAGAAGGCAGAGGCGGAGCUUGUGGUCUACCACAGGGGAGCAGCGCGGUCAGUGUUGGAGUUUUUACGGUAGCAGCGGCUUCGCUUGUACCCAGCAACGGCCGUAGAAGAUUUCAGCUCUUACCUGAGUCGGGGCCGUGGGCUGAUGUUCUUCGGUGUCUUAGUGAAGAACUGGUGGGGGAGGAAGGCUGCUGCCGCUCCACCGAUCUUCUUGAACGAUACCAGACCGUCCGCUACGACGUCAUCAAUGUCAAAGAAGCCGAGGGCUAUAAUGCUGACCAGAUAAGGAAGAUUAAUCGAUGGAAAAUAACCAAAGACAACCCUUCCAAGUACUAUCAAAAUGCUUAGCCUUUGUCUUGGAUCUUGUUUUUUUCCUUCGCUAGAAGCACAACUCCGAUCCUUGUCCUCACAGCCUUUUCAAUGUCACCAUUAGCAUUAGCACCAGAAAGAUGGCGAUUUAGAUGUACCAACGCCAACGAGUAUGUCGCCAGGUACAUCGCUUAUUUGGCAAAUGCGGUAGCUUUUUUCAAGGAACGAACACCCAUCGGCCAAGGCGGGGAUGCGCAGGCAUUGAAGCCCGGCGUGAUAAUAGCAGACGGGUUGUUCGAUAUCUCUGGCGGAAAUGGCAGCCGAGAACUUACGGAUAAGGUGCACACAUCAUUCAUGCGCCGCUUCACUGCGACACGAAACGAGAUAUUCUUCCGAUGGAGUCAGGAAGAGCUACCAGAACCAGAGCUAGGCGAAACCUCGAGCACCCGCCCGUAUAAAAUAAUACUAGCCUGGGGAAGGGUACCUUCCCCAGAAAAACGCUAUCGCGCGUACACUGAAGACCAGCCAGGAAGUUGAAAAUUUAAACCGAACCAAGAUCCUUUUUUUGGCAGUACUGCCGCAGUUCUUCUUUUAGAAUGGUGGCAGUACUGCCAAAGAGAUCAAAAAAAAGCACGUCGCUCAAAAAAAAAGCUCAACCUUUAGAGCGAAGACCCGCCGCGCGAAGUCUUACGACGGGCGGCCUUCUUGUGUGGUAGCCUUGGACUGUGGUGGAUCAUUAGCCGGACCGGCCUCCCUUUCUCAUACCAAAACUGGAAACAGUGGGCGAGGCGCGCGGGGCGGCUUUGGUGUGUGGUGGGAUCGUUGGCCGGGCUGACCUCUCUUAUUUAUACCAAAAUCGAAAACAGCGGCUGAGGCGCGUGGGGUGGCCUUGUUUUUGUGUGGUGGUUGGGCCACUGGCUGGACCAGCCUCCCCCCUCUAUACCAAAAUCGAGAACAGCGGCCGACGCGCGCGGCGUGUCCGUGUUUGUGUGUGGUAGGUGGAUCAUAGGCCGGACCGACCUCCUCCCUUUCUAUCAAAAUCGAGAACAGCGGGGCGCGCGGGGUGACCUUGGUGCGUGGUGGAUCAUUGGCCGGACCGGCUCCCCCUUUCUAUACGAAAAUCGGAAGCAGCGGCCGAGGCGCGCGGUGUGGCCUUGGUUUGUGUGUGGUAGGUGGAUCAUUGGCUGGACAGACCUCCCCUCUCUAUACCAAAAUCGGAAACAGCGGCAAAACAGCGGGGCGCGCGGGGUGGCCUUGGUGUGUGGUGGAUCAUUGGCCGGACCGACCUCCCCUCUCUAUACCAAAACCGAUAACAGCGGCCGAAGCGCGCGGCGGGGCCGUGUUUGUGUGUGGUAGGUGAAUAUGGCUGGAUCGUCAUUGGCUGGACUGGCCUCCCCUUCUUAUACCAAAAUCGAAAGCAGCGGGGUGAUCUUGGUGCGUGGUGGAUCAUUGGCCGGACAGGCCUCCCCUCUCUAUACCAAAAUCGGAAACAGCGGCUGAGGCGCGUGGUGUGGCCUUGUUUGUGUGUGGUAGCGGUAGGUGGAUCAUUGGCCGGGCCGGCCUCUCCUCUCUAUACCAAAAGGAACCGGAAACAGCGGGAAAACAGCCGGGCGCGCGGGGCGGCUUUGGUGCGUGGUGGAUCAUCGGCCGGACCGACCUCCCCUUUCUAUAUGAAAAUCGAGGACAGCGGCUGAGGCGUGCGGCGUGGCCGUGUUUUGGUGUGGUAGGUGGAUCAUUGGCCGGACUGGCCUCCCCUCUCUAUGCCAAAACUGAAAACAGCGGGGUGCGCGGGGUCGGUGACUUUGGUGCGUGGUGGAUCAUUGGCCGGACCGGCCUCCUCUCUCAUUCUAUACCAAGCAAAAUCGGAAACAGCGGCCGAGGCCGGCGCGCGGCGUGAGCUUGUUUUUGUGUGGUGGGUGGAUCAUUUGCCGGACCGACCUCCCCUUUUCAUACCAAAAUCGAGAACCAACAGCGGGGCGCGCGGGGCGGCCUUGGUGUGUGGUGGAUCAUCGGCCGGACCGCUGUCCCCUUUCUAUACCAAAAUCGGAAACGGCGGCUGUGGUCUUGUUUCCGCAUCAUCGGCCGGACCGCGAUCCCCGUGCUAGUCUGGGCAUGGGUUUAGUUGGUUAGGGUUGGUAGCCUGGGCGGCAUGGGUUUAAUGGGACAGGGUUUGUGGUCUGGGCGUCAGGCCAUGGGCUUAGUAGCUUGCGGCGGGUAGUCUGGGCAUGGCUUUAUUGGGUUGGGGGGUGGUAGUCUAGGCGCGGGCUUACUGGGUUGGGGCUGGUGGUCUGGGCAUGGGUUUAGUGGCUUGUGGCUGGUAGUCUGGGCAGGGGUUUACUGGCUUGCUGCUGGUAGUCUGGGCAUGGGUUUAGUGGGUUGGUGGUCGGGGCAUGGGUUUAGUUGGGUGGGGCUGGUAGUCUGGGCAUAGGUUUCGUUGUUUGUGGCUGGUAGUCUGGGCAUGGAUUUAGUGGCUUGCGGCGGGUAGUCUGUGUAUGGUUUUAGUGGGUUGGGGCUGGUAGUCGGGGCAUGGGUUUAGUAGGUUGCUUGGGGUUGGUAGUCUGGACAUGGGUUUAGUGGCUUGCAGCUGGUAGGCCGGGCAUGCGUUUCGUGGUUUGUGGCUGGUAGUAUGGGCAUGGGCUUAGUAGCUUGCGGCUGGUAGUCUGGGCAUGGAUUUAGUGUGUUGGGGCUGGUAGUCUGGCCAUGGAUUUAGUGGCCUGCGGCUGGUAGUCUGGGCACGGAUUUCUUGCGGCUGGUGGUCGGGGCGUGGGUUUAGUGGCUUGCGGCUGGUAGUCUGGGACCUGGGUAUCGGUCUAUUGGGUUGGGACUGGUAGUGUGGGCACCGGUUUAGUGGGCUGGGGCUGGUAGUCUGGGCAUUGGUUUAAUAGCUUGCGGCUGGUAGUCGGGGCAUGGGUCUAGUGGUUUGCGGCUGGUAGUCGGGGCAUGGGUUUAGUGGAUUCGGGCGGGUAGUCUGGGUGUCGGUUUAGUGGGUUGGGGCUGGUAGUCGGGGCAUGGGUUUAGGGGGUUGGGGUUGGUAGUCGGGGCAUGGAUCUAUUGGCUUGUGGCUUGUAGCUGGUAGUCGGGGCACGGAUGUAGUGGUUUGUGGCUGGUGGUCUGGCUGGGGGUGAUUUUAGUUAGUGGCUUGCGGCUGGUGGUCUGGCUGGGGGUGAUUUUAGUUAGUGGCUUCGGCUUGCGGCUGGUAGUCUAGGCAUGGAUUUAGUGGCUUACGGCUGGUAGUCUGGGCAGGGGUUUACCGGGUUUGGGCUGGUAGUCGGGGUAUGGAUUUAGAUUUAGUGGCUGAGGCCUGGUGGUCUGGGCGUGAGUUUAGUGGGUUGGGGCUGGUAGUCUGGGCAUCGGUUUAAUGGGUUGGGGCUGGUAGUCUGGGCAUGGGUUUAGCGGGUCGGGGCUGGUCGUCUGGGCUUGGGUUUAGUGGGUUGGGGCUGGUAGUCUGGGCAUGGAUUUUUGUAGUGGGUCGGGGCUGGUAGUCUGGGCUUGGGUUUAGUGGGUUGGGGCUGGUAGUCUGGGUUUGGGUUUAGUGGGUUGGGGCUGGUAGUUUGGAAGCAAAAAAGUGCCCUGCUUUUGUUUUUUAAUUUUCUUUAUGAUAUAUUUAAUGUGAAAUAAAUGAAAUACCAGAAUUAAUGAACUGUCUCUCUCUAACUCUAUGACUAUGCAUUAGGUUGAAGAGCAUUAGGAUUCCGAUCCCAUCUGGAGCUGCAGGCAGCGGCACUGUAUUAAACUGCGUCAGCAGAUAGAAAAUACAAUAUGACAUGGCAACUCCAACUCGUAUGGUCCAACUUGUCCGCCAGUCCCCGAUCCUUCAGGUGGAACGAUCCAACGUGGUACAGAGCGAUCGGGGAUGGCGCUUCGGAGGCACGCGAGACAAAUCGAGACUUGGUCGCCGCUAUUUCAGAUGCAGUAGAACUGAUCCGAAUGACGCAAAAGUCGGAAGAAGAAAAGUAUCAACGGAUAAAGGAUUUCCUCGCAACGAACGGGAACAACGCGUAUCGGUUAGCUGCAGACUGGCUUUGGAAGGCGCAAGCUACACCGCAAAAGUACCUUAGGUGGUUCCCAAAACGGCUCGAGUUCGGCACAGAGUAUCUAAAGAACUUAGACGAUUUCAUAACGGAGCACGCCAAUCGUCUCCUGGAUCCCACCGUGAGCGUGCUCAACACGGAGGCACUCAACGCGCGCUUUUCUGUUAUGAAAUUGCGGAAACUUCUGAGGUAUAUAGACAUUGUUAGAAUUUGACGCUCCAGCUUCAAUCUUUUUUUUUAGCUCGUCAUCUGUUUGGCCUGUUUGAUGAAGAAGAUCAAUUAUUCAUGAAGAUACUGCGCUUUCAAUAAACAUCAACAAGCGCUCCACCUCAACAAGCCCUCCCAUUUCUCUGAAACUCAAUCUUCCUCCCACCUUCACCAGGAACCAAAGCGGCGCUCAGCAGCUGGAGGUGCCGAGUAGCCUGAGUGAGCUAGCGACUACCGCGUACGAAGAAGCUGCGCGCUUUGCGGUGGAUGCUGCCGCCGAGGUAUCUGUGGUCGCAACGAUUCCCUUCAAAAAGCUUGGCACUGUGUUGACCAUUCCGCCCUCGCAGUUCGAGACAUUCACGCUUGCCAUCUUGCUUCUAGUUGCGACAUAUCCACUACUGAUGUGGUGCUGGAGUAGAUGGCGCUGCCGUUCUUGCCACCGCCGCGAGCCGCGUAAUGUUGAGGGAAAUGCUGAGACACCAUUGCAUGAAGGCUCGACUUUGCCGAGGUACUCCGCUGUUGCAAACGAAGGCUAGACGCAGACUUUUCGCACUUUUUCAUCUACGAAAGCGGUCGAGAUGCAAUUAUCGGCCUUCAAGAAAUGCCGAUGAAGAGAACAAUAGUAUUAUAGAAGUGAUGCAGCAGAUCAUGCUCAUAUUACAAUUACUACUUUGAUUUUACCAGAUCACUCUGAAAGAGGAAGUAGAUCAUGUAGAUCUUGACGCAUGAUGAACUCGCCUCCUCACGAGAAGUAAGCAUGUUGACGAUCGAGACUGAUCAUGUCUGAUUCUGAAUACUCGACAAACAUCGUCGAGAUGAAAGUCAAGAUGUAAUUUUGCUUUGCCUGGAGUGUGAUUUUUCUUAACACGCAUCCAGAGUCGGUUUUGGCUGAAAUAGUUACGACGUUUGAAGUCGGUAGAAAUUCUGGUAUGCCAUGCUUGCACUAAGAGGAACCACAACUCUGACCCCCCUCUUUUUAUGACCCAGAGCACAUUACCCAGAAGCAGAAUUAUUCACUUGUUAGAUGUACUACGACUACAUCCUGUGCAUCUUCAUGAUAUAAGUAGACACAUCGUCUCAACUCGUAAUUAUCUCCACAAAGAAUUGCCAUUGAUCGCCUUGCG